AAAUGACUUUUCGUCUAGCUAAAUAAACUGAUUAAAAUUAUCCUAAAACUAAGUAUAAACUAAAAAAAAACUCAAGGACUGAUGGAAACACAAAACUGACUAAAAUGCUGCUAAAGUCUGAUUUUUAUUAACCCAAAUGAACAAAAUUGUAUUCGGACUUUAUCAAAAUAUAAACGAAAAGAUCUCAUAACGUACAACAAAAAUCUGAUAAGAACUGAAACUGAAAUUGGAAAAGAUUUACACUUUUCCUCAGCGAGCAAUGAAUGGACUUUAGAAAUAAAAAAUCUACACAAAUAAGACUUCAACUUCAACGAUGACUGAAAGCAAGAAUGAUGCUAAAACUUGGGCCACCAAGCAGAUAUGGAUUAAGGAUGCACUCCACAAAUCGGGCACUGAACUGGUGGAUAUAUCCAAGUCCAAACCAAAGGCCGGCAACGGUGCUGGCUCCUCUAAGAAAACGAAUGCAAAAGAUUCAGCCACAACCAAUAUGGUCUAUUAUCCCGCUAACCAGCUGCUCAUAAAAACGGAGCAACCCGCCCAAACGCAAUUCUGCCUGCAGGUGCCGCCUCCAUUGACGGUGACUGGUGGUGAGGGUGCAGCGCCACUGGGUGGACAGCAGGAGCACUACGAGCUGCUGCAAACGCCGCAGCAGCGACUAAUGCAAGUGCAGCAGCAACAGACGCAGGAACAACAGCAAUUUGUUAGCUACAGCUAUCAGCUGGCGUUACAGCAGCAUCAACAGCAGCAGCAGCAUGAGAGUGUUACAACAACAACAACGGCCUCUGUAGCAGCAGCAACAGCAGCACCCGCAGCAACAGCGCAGCGCAUCAAGACAGAACCAACGCCAACUGUUAGCUACAGCGCUGCCACUGCGCAGCCGCGCAAGCAGAAUGGCACGAAACCGCAAUUCAAGUGCGAACAGUGCGGCAUGACGUUCGGCAGCAAAUCGGCUCACACUUCGCACACGAAGUCGCAUGCGAAGAAUGCCGAAAUGGCCCUUCUAGGUGCGGGGGGAGCACCGCACGGCGCCACAUCGUCUCCCAUCGAACUGAACGAAGCGGGUCUGCCGGUGGGCAUCCCCAAGAGUCCGACUAUCAAGCCGCUGGCGAAUGUGGCCGCCGGCGCAGAUCCCUAUCAGUGCAAUGUGUGCCAGAAGACAUUCGCAGUGCCCGCGAGGCUGAUCCGUCACUAUCGCACGCAUACGGGCGAAAGGCCUUUUGAGUGCGAGUUCUGCCACAAGCUGUUCAGCGUCAAGGAGAACCUGCAGGUGCAUCGUCGCAUCCACACCAAGGAGCGGCCGUACAAGUGUGACGUGUGCGGCAGGGCGUUUGAGCAUUCAGGCAAACUGCAUCGUCACAUGCGCAUCCAUACGGGCGAACGGCCGCACAAGUGCUCCGUAUGUGAGAAGACAUUCAUCCAAUCCGGCCAACUGGUCAUCCACAUGCGCACGCACACGGGCGAGAAGCCGUACAAGUGCCCGGAGCCGGGCUGCGGCAAAGGAUUCACCUGCUCCAAGCAGCUCAAGGUGCACUCACGCACGCACACGGGCGAGAAGCCCUACCAUUGUGACAUUUGCUUCCGUGACUUUGGCUACAAUCACGUGCUGAAGCUGCACCGCGUGCAGCACUACGGAUCCAAGUGCUACAAGUGCACCAUUUGCGAUGAGACGUUCAAGAACAAGAAGGAAAUGGAGGCCCACAUCAAGGGGCAUGCCAAUGAGAUACCCGACGAUGAGGCCGAGGCGGCAGCUGGAGCCACGGCAGUGGGUUCCACCUCCUCUGCAUCGUCGUCGUCGUCCUCCUUGCAGGGCAUCACCAGCAACUCGGAGUGCAGCAAUAAUUCUCCGCCCAGUUCGCCGCCAGCUGUGAAGAAGCCGCGGCAACCGCGUCAGCCACGUGGUGUCAAAGCGGCCGCAGCUGCAGCUGCAGCUGGAGCGGCAGUUCUUGCAGCCCCACUCUCGCCCAGUUCGCCCAGUUCCACGUACUCGCCAUCGGCCAGCAGUCUGGCUUCACCGCCGCCAUCCACAGUUCAAUAUCUGCCCGCUGUACCGUUGGAUACGGAUGCACUCAGUCGGGACAGUGGCGUCUCCAGUGCUCAGCCCGCGCUCAGCAGCUAUGCGGACGAGGAGCUGCCCACGGAUCUGAGCAUGCAGCAGAGUCAAAGCCAGCCUAUGGUCUACGAGCCCUACCAGGCCACGCCCAGCUUAGUGGAACAACAGCCACAGGCACAGCCGCCCCUGACUAUCAAUCCAGCUCUACUCGAGGCGGCCAGUAUUGCGCGACAGGAUGAGGACCACCACGUCAACGAUGAGGAUGUCCAUGCCGCUGCCUGGCAAAUGAUGCAACUGCGUCGCGGUCAUGCUGCCACGCCGCCGACAACAGAGGCCGUGCCCCAGGCAUCGCCACAGCCCACGCUGCACGUCAGUGAUCUGGCGGCCAACUAUGAUGACACCCACGAGGCCACCGUGCUCAUUGAGCACUUUAAGCGUGGCGAUCUCGCACGCCAUGGCCUGCACAAAGGCUACGCUCCAGUGCCCAAGUAUGAAUCUGCCCUUCCGAAUCCCGACAUUGUGCGCCGCGUGGAGGCGGCUAUUGGUCUGCGUUCUAGCACAGAGUCGCCAGAGCGCAGCUCCUCACCCGAAAGCGAUUCCCUGAUGAUGGCCGAUCGGAAUGUGAUGACGCUGCCGCUGAGGAAGCGCAAGCACUACAUGAACAAGGGCGAUGCGGGGGCCUGCCAGGUGGAGAGUGGUGGCAACAACAGCAGUCCGUCGGCGGCGAUGGCCGGUGCAGGAGAUGGCGCCACAACGGCAGCAAACUCAGCGGAUGCCAGCAGCAACAACAACAACUCCAAAAUGAUGAGGAUGAGCUCUGUCAUACAGUUUGCCAAGGCCUCAUAGUGGGCCACUCCGGUUCCAAAAAUCAGCAUAAAGACUGUCCAGCAAAUUCUAACUGAAAUUAGUUUUAAUUUUCCCCCCCCCUCCUGAUGAGGUGUGGGGCAGGACGAGCAGAUGGCAUGAGAUCUCUCGUCUGGAAUGGAAUUGUUUUCUAGCAGCGAAAAAGAAAAUGCCAAAAGUAUUAUAAAGAGAAAAAAGGAGAAGGAAAAGUUGAUGAAAAAUUUGUUUUAAAAUUAACAGCGUUUACGUUAUGGUAUCAAUUUUUGUUGAAUGUUUGUUUUUAAUGAAGGAAAGGACUUUUAAAUGAAAAUUUAUUUGGCCGAUGGUAGUAGAUCGUAUAUCGUUUAUGUUUUUCACUCGCCCACCACCCCAAACCCCCUGUGUUUUCACUUAGUCAAAUCGCAACAAUUGGCAUUAUCGGUAUUAAGAGUUAGAGCAUGACUACUUUAAAAUUAAAAAAAGAAACGUAUCGUAAUUAAGAAACGCUAAAACGAGGAUUCAACCAUCAAUGAAACAAAAAACCAUAACAUAAAAACCAACACCUUAACAAUAAUAAGCUACGUGCAUACCGAUUAUAUAUACAUAAUGAUAAUGAAAGGAGAAAUGUAUGCUAAAUAAGCGCCAUAUUGGCACAUAAUAAACAUGCAUAAAAUACGUUUAUGUAACUAUAAUUCUAAAGACCUAUUUAUUACUGAGAAAUAAAACAUAUAAAAUAAACCUCUGCUCGCCAAAACUAAGCCACACCGAGAGAGAAAAGAAGAAAUAAGAACCAUUUCGAUAGAGUUUUUGUGAGUUUAAUUUUCGACAAUUAACCAAGUGAUUGAGGAUCUAUUUAAUUAAUUUAAAAUCCCUUUUGAAAUGGUCCUUAAUGGAACUUUUCACUCGGCGUCGCUCCCCACCCAUCCAUCAUCCCUCCUUGUUCAUAAUCAAUUCAUGCGCCUCCAUUUAAACAAAAUUUGAUAAGCAUUUUAUAUUUUAUAUACAACAUACAUACAUAUUAAAAAAAAUAUUUAUCGCAAACAAAACAAAACAAAACAAAAAAUGCUAAAAACAAAAACAAAUUCAAAAAUUAUACAAUACGGAGAAUAUUGAACUGAUAAGCAAGGAGCAAGCAAGAAUAAUUAAGUUAAU